UUGUGUGAUCCCCGAGAUAUUCGACGUGAUGGGUGACGCGUAGAUCAGUGCGACUUUGCGUAGCAACUGCGCUCUUUUAUAUGAUUGUCUCUUACACCUCAAUAGUUUAGGUUUAGGGCGGAACAGUAGGACGGAUUGCAGUGAAUUGAAGCUCUGGGGUGUGUAUUUUCGAGAGGUUUUAAGGCCGUCUCAUGGUUUGUUGAUUAAGUGUUCAUACGAAGGGAGAGUACAAUACUGAGGAUUUCUGCAUUGUGGUAUGAUUUAGCGCUGGAAAAGCAAAAUAUGAUGGAAGGAAAGGAGAGCGAGGUGCAGAGUGUACAGGGAUUUUCAGCACCACAGGGUGACGAUCAGGAGAGCAACGCGGAGUUGGUACUCUUUCACGUUAAGGAAUGCUACGUUUACAUGAUACCUCCAAGAAAAAGUGCAGCCUCUUACAGGGCGGAUGAGUGGGACAUUAACAAGUGGGCCUGGGAGGGCGUCUUGAAGGUUGUUUCAAAAGGUGAAAAAUGUUCCAUUAGGCUGGAAGAUAAAGACACAGGGGAUUUAUAUGCUCAAGCACCAAUCAGACAGGACCAGCCACUUCCUGUGGAAGCUGUCAUUGAUAGUAGCAGGUUCUUUGUUCUACGGGUUGAGGAUGAAUCAAGUGGGAAGUCUAAGCAUGCGUUUCUUGGCCUUGGGUUUCGUGAAAGACCACAGGCAUACGACUUUCAAGCAGCUCUGUUCGACCAUGUGAAAUAUCUCAAUAAGAAGAAGGAAGCCGAUGAGAUCACACAGGAAUAUGAGGCUAAGCCAUCAGUAGACUACAGUCUCAAAGAUGGAGAGACGUUGCGGUUGCAGCUGAAAAAUACGAAGUUAUCCGGAAACGGGUUGAAACCCAAACCAUUGGAAAAGUACGUAAAUAGAUCUGGGGUACGAGAACCUAUGCCAAACCCUGAUACUCCAGAAAAUUAUCCCAAACGCUCAGGAGUUCCCUGCAUUGUGCCUCCUCCCCCCCCGCCAACACUUCAACCCCCUCCCAAAGCAUCUCCUACCUCGCUAAUUAAAACGCCGUCACUGGUCAAGCCAAGUGCGCCUGCUUCCGUACCUGAUUCAACAGGAAGAGAUGCAAGUUCUGUGUUUAAUGAUGCUGCAGAUGAUUUGGACGAAGAUUUUGGAGAUUUCCAAGCUGCUUGAAAGGAGCGCGAACAGAUCCCAACAUUUCUUUUGGUGAUGCUUUGAUCAUAUCGAGCAUUCAGUUGUUUGUAUUGUACAGCUCAGAAUGUUAGUUGUGUAGACAUUAUGUGUUUUUGGCACACGAAAUUGGUGAACCAGGACAGCGUCUCUCAGUGCGUUAUGAUACUGAUCAAAAACUCACCCUAAAUUGAACUAGAGAUAACUGUCAACUCAGUGUUUGAUGUGGGUUCGCUUGAAUGCCGCAGUUCCCGCUUGAUAGGUAGUUAGGAUCAUAUUCAUCUACAUGGUUGGAAUAUGGAAAUCUUCCCAAUCGACUUUUGAUGAGAAGUGGCUCUUGUGCGCAUGCUAUUUCAUCUGUUUAGCUAUAAUUAGGAAAACAAUUUGCUUAGAGUACUUCUACUGUAGUACAGCAUAACAAAGGCCCCUGACCAACCAGACUAUGUGUUAUGUAACAAUUACAGAAACCAAAAACAUGUACGAGAUGUUGAUAAGAA